AUGGCGCAGAGAGCCCCAAUCCAGAAUCCAUUCCAGCAGCUCAUCUCGGAGUGUGAAAAUGACCCAAAUCGACUACAAACUCAAUAUGAAACUCACCGAUUCGCAAGAAACGCGCAAUUUAAGACUACCAUCCUCAGCCCAGAUUUCCCCGGAUGGACCGUCGAUGAGAUCUUGAGCAAACUGCACGCCCAAGAAACUGGCAAGAAUGACAAGGCUGAAGAGCCAUUCAUCGACCACAGAAACAAUCUUGCCUUCUACGCUCGUCCGCCAAAGCAUAUCCGAGAGCUUAUCGAUGGAAUUCAGCGGGAGUUGCGAAGCGUUGCUCCAUCCAUCUGGUUUACACCGUCCGAAAAUUUGCACAUGACCACACUCGAACUAGCCAAUUCGCGAACUCGUUCAGAAUUGGAAGCGCUUGUCUCUGAGCUGGAAGCAACUGGCACAAUUCCAGAACUGGUCGAUUACACGUUCAACCACCGAUCACGUCUGAUAAAGCCUGUUGUCAGCUACGAUGCAUCGGCAAUGGCAUUGAGCUUUGUCCCUGCAUCCAGAGAGGGGACCGGUAGCACAGAUGAUGGUGCGUAUAGCUAUCAUCAUUUGCGACGGGACCUGUACGAUCGAGUCGCAGAGACGGGUAUCAAAGUGAUCCCGAGGUACAUUGUUCCUUCUGCGCACGUCACGAUUGCACGGUUCAUCACGCUUGAUGGGUUCUUGCUUGAGCAAGAUGGCCCUGAUGGGAGUCGCAUUGACCGCGAGCAGCUAAAAGCGUUGAUGAACAAGAUCGAGCAUAUCAACCAGGAACUGCAAAAGAAGUACUGGCCUAGUGUGGAAGGGAAUAUGUCCUCUAGAGGUGAAUGGGUUGUGGGGCAUGAGAAGGGGUUGGAGUUGUGUAAAGGCGCAUCGUGGUAUGGGAAGGGGGAAAGUGUUCUUGAUGGAAAGGGAUUCAAUUAA